AUGGGCCGUCCUGAUUCGGAGGCGCCGACGUCGAGCAUCGCCGCGCGGCUGGCUGCUCUCCACGACCACGCCCACGGACACGGGGGAGGCGCGGCGGCGCCGUCGGCUGCAGGAUCGGCCUUCGACGCCAACGUGGUGAUCAUCCUUGCCGCGCUCUUCUUCGCGCAGCUCUUCGCCAUCGGGCUCAACUCGCUGGCGCGGUGCGCGCUCCGGUACGUGGGCCGCGGGGCCACGGCAGCCGCCGCCGGCGAGGGCGGGGCCACGGCGCGGGGUGCCUGCCGCGGAGGCGGCGGCAUCAAGAGGCGCGUGAUCAGGAGCCUCCCCGUGGAGGUGUACGGCUCCGGGGAAGUCAUCGACGACGUGUGCGCCAUAUGCCUCGGCGAGUUCGUCGACGGCGAGAAGGUGCGCGUGCUGCCGCAGUGCGGUCACGGGUUCCACGUCCGGUGCGUCGACGCAUGGCUGGUGUCCCACAGCUCGUGCCCGACGUGCAGGCGGCCGGUGACCACGGGCGCACCCCCGAAGGGCGGCGACGGCGACAUUGGCCAUAACCAGUGUCCCGCAGAGACGGGCACGAUCACCGUGGUCAUCGAGUGA